AUGAUGCAAAGCGCGGCUGUCCCCGCGGAGGGGGCUGUCAAGGGGCUCCCGGAGAUGCUCGGUGUGCCGAUGCAACAGAUCCCCCAAUGUGCUGGCUGCAACCAGCACAUCCUGGACAAGUUCAUCCUGAAGGUUCUGGACAGACACUGGCACAGCUCCUGCCUCAAGUGUGCAGACUGCCAGAUGCAGCUGGCUGACAGGUGCUUCUCCAGGGCCGGGAGUGUCUACUGCAAAGAGGACUUCUUCAAGCGCUUUGGCACAAAAUGCACAGCCUGCCAGCAGGGCAUCCCCCCGACCCAGGUGGUCCGCAAGGCCCAGGAUUUUGUCUACCACCUGCACUGCUUCGCCUGCAUCAUCUGCAACCGGCAGCUGGCGACGGGGGACGAGUUCUACCUCAUGGAGGACGGGCGGCUCGUGUGCAAGGAGGACUACGAGACGGCCAAGCAGAACGAUGACUCUGAGGCGGGAGCUAAGCGGCCGAGGACCACCAUUACCGCAAAGCAGCUGGAGACGUUAAAGAAUGCCUACAAGAACUCCCCAAAGCCGGCCAGGCACGUGCGGGAGCAGCUGUCCUCAGAAACAGGCCUGGACAUGAGGGUGGUACAGGUUUGGUUUCAGAACCGAAGGGCCAAGGAGAAACGCCUGAAGAAGGACGCGGGUCGGCAUCGCUGGGGCCAGUUCUACAAGAGUGUCAAGAGGAGCCGGGGAGGCAGCAAGCAGGAGAAGGAGAGCUCGGCUGAGGACUGUGGGGUUAGUGACAGUGAGCUGAGCUUCCGAGAGGAUCAAAUUCUCUCAGAACUUGGCCACACCAAUAGGAUUUAUGGCAACGUGGGGGACGUUACAGGCGGACAGUUAAUGAAUGGGAGCUUCUCCAUGGAUGGGACGGGACAAUCCUAUCAGGACUUGAGGGAUGGGAGUCCCUAUGGAGUCCCCCAGUCUCCGUCCUCCAUAUCGUCCCUGCCAUCCCACACUCCUUUGCUCAAUGGGCUGGAUUACACGGUGGACAGUAAUCUGGGCAUUAUUGCGCAUGCAGGGCAGGGAGUCAGCCAGACGCUGAGAGCCAUGGCUGGGGGACCCACCUCUGACAUCUCUACAGGAAGCAGUGUAGGUUACCCCGAUUUUCCAACGAGCCCAGCCUCUUGGCUGGAUGAAAUGGAUCACCCUCCUUUUUAAGCUUCUCUCCUCCCCACUCUAACUGUCCUCCCGCUUGAGAGAAUAUCUUCAAGGAUCAAAAGAGACUUGCCU